AUGGCACGACGACGCGCAAGCAAGGCCUGCCUCCACUGUCGCCAGAGAAAGGUCCGCUGCGACGUGACGCUUCGAGGUGUUCCGUGCUUGAAUUGCCAGCUCGACCACCAGUCUUGUGCAGUCCAGGAGCGAAAGUCGAAACGAUCGCUGUCAAACGCGAAGCACACUUUUCACAAGGACGGUGGUUCGAUCAGUGAGGGCAUAUCGGCAGAAAGGGGGCACGACAACCCGUCUGGCAUAGACAGCAUCGAUCAAUGGGCCAAAAGACUGAGUGCUCUUACACCAGUGAGCUUGAGAGGGUCGCCAAACGCCACUUUCAAUGCUCUGCGAAACGAUGCGAAAUCGGGUCACAGCCCUUGUAUCAACCUCGAUGGAUUCUCACCCAGAACAGCAUGCACAAUCUCAAGACUACAUAUCGGGAGUGAAGGGACAGGAAAGCCAAGCGCCUGCGCUGCAUUCACAGAUCAACCAACGCCCACGCUUGACGGCGUGAUUUACAGUAACUUUGAGACUCUGCCCUUCAUCAGGCCACCCGAUCUGCUGCACGUAUCAGCACUGGAUAUCCGUUUCAUGCAGCUGAAUGGAUGCUUCGACCUCCCAUCUAUGCCCAUCCUCAACGAAUUUAUUCGAAUAUACUUCCUCCACGUGCAUCCCAUUAUACCGCUCCUUGACGAGGGAGAGUUCUGGGAUUCCUACUCGUGUGCCAACGAGAAGAGGAUAUCAUUGCUUGUGUUUCAGGCGAUAAUAUUCGCCGCGUGUGCUAUUCUUUAUGACUUCGAAAUCGAAUGCGAUCCCGUCUCUCUCGGUCAGGCCGCACUAUUGUUCACAUUCUGGCCUGGGUCUCUACGGCCAGGGCCAUCAAAGCAAAAUAGUCAAUGGCUAAGCAAAGCAAUUGGACACGCUAAAUCCCUUCGAGCUCACCAUUUGACAUCAAACACGGGCCGGGACAAGUUGCCACAGAUUCCGCCGCAAACAAGAAUAUCUCUCAGACGCUUGUGGUGGUGCUGUUAUAUACGCGACCGAAUCAUUGCCUUGGGUCUCCGUAGAACGCUGCGAAUACCUGAGAAGUACCCAACGCUCGAGCUGGGGGAUUUUGAGGAUGAAAUUUAUCGUUCCCGUGUCUACAAGGCAGAAUCAAAGCGGCGCUUCUUCGACAUCUUCAUGCAGAUAUCAAAGCUAUGCAUCGUGGUUACAGACUUGUUGCAACUGUGCUCAGUCUCGGAACAUGGGCUCGAAUGCGAGACGAACAUAAGCCCCACCGACAGGCAUGAAGCCAUAGCGAACUGCACGAUCCAGCUGCAGGAGUGGUAUGACAGUGCUCGGCAGCAGUUCCCAGACGAUGCAGAACAGCCGGGCAUCCGGCCACAUUUUGUUAUAAUACAGACCAACUUGAUGUUUACCUAUUAUUUUGCCGCCAAGUUGGCCAUCUUCCACCAGGAGAUAUUUUAUGCGGUUCGCGACUCGGGAAACGCGAGUGGAGAGGGAUCAUAUUCAGCGUUGGCCGGUAAAAGCGACCAAGUUCGUGAUGCUGUCGACAAUGUGAUCAAACAUCUCGCGAAUCCCGUCCGGCUCGGGCUCGCUCAGUAUCUGCCUAUCAGUGUGGUCGCAUUUGUCGCCAUGCCCCUAAUGAUGCAAAUUAUCAACGCCAAGAUCAUCGCUCGGGGUGUCGCGAAUACACGAGCAGAAGUGCAUCGGCAGCAAUUGCAUUCCUUGAUCACUCUGAUCAAGCAGUGUCAUCCUCGGCUCGACGGCAUCGACGCGGUUUGUGUGACAAUUCGACGGCUGACGGAUCUGGCCCAGGCUCGCUUCCUAUCGGGAAGUGCUUCUCAGAUCACAGAGUGUCUGGAUCUUAUAGACCACAAGCCACUCGAGUACCUGCGGUUAUUCCUGAACCUGGACUUGAACUUGAGUAACGCCACAAUGUUGGAUAAUAUUGAGUUCUUGGAAGUGAGGGAGGAGCUGCUUCGCAUCAACAAGGAAUCGCUGGGAGCUGAUACUCAACAAACACCAUCCUCGACCAUCGAUUCAAAGUCGUUCUCAACGCAACCAGCGGCACCUACAGGGCAAAAUAUUGUUAAUGAAAAUUUACCAGUGGCUGAAGUUGACACUCCGGUUGACUUCGAUGACUCGUUACUAGAUAUCGACCAGCUAUUAGGCGGAGAUGGCCCACCGGAAGCCGACUCGGCUUUCAUGGCUUUAGAACCGGAGUUUCUGAUGAACCAACAGAUGGAAUGGGAGAUGGAUGCCUGGCUUUUGGGAGGAACCUAG